AUGAUAUAAUUAUAAUAAUUUUACGAUAAUCUUCAAGAAUUUGUCAAGUCUUAACUUUCACUUCAUACAGAUAUUGAAAUCGAUCUAAGUGUAAGUAAAAUAGGUUCUGCUGGGGCAUUAGCAUUGGGAACAGCUUUGGCAAAUUGCAAAAAACUCUAAAAUUUGAAUCUCUAAAUUCAAUAAAAUAAAAUAGGUACGGAUGGAGCUUUAGCUUUGAGCUAUGCUCUUGAGAGAUUCACUAAUCUUUAAUCUUUGAUUAUUAACAUUCGUGACAAUUAAAUUAGUUAUGAGGGAGUAUCAGCUAUAUGUUCUGCUCUGGCAAACUGCAAUAAUCUUUUAUACUUGGCACUAGACCUUCAAAAUAGUUAAAUGGGUAAAGAUGGUGCAUCAGAUUUAGGUAAAUGCUUAAUAGCAUGUAAUAAGAUAUCAACACUUAUAAUGAACCUAAACUAUACUUAAUUUGGAGAUGAAGGAAUUACGGUUUUAGGCACUGCUAUGGGUAACUGCACCAAUCUUUCAAGUCUGAAUCUAUCUCUAAGUAAUAACAAAAUUGGAGAUAGUGGUGUAUCAGUUUUAAGUAGUUGUUUAACAAACUGCAUUCAUAUUUCAAAAUUAGAAUUAUAUCUUUAGUAAAAUACUUACUUUUGA